GUCUUUCAAGGAAUAUCCCCGUGGGGGGGACGAGAGAUGUCGAGUGCGGCUAUCCCGGGAGACUCCCCUUGAUCGAAGUGAAGACCUGUUGAGCAGGGGGGAUACGAUGGAGGUGAUGAACAAACAGUUGAAGGGUGUGGAAUAUAAAAUCUGCUGUGAACUGGAGCUGGAGGAGGGAAGCUGUACAAAUUAAAAGAAGGGCGAGAAGAAGGGAUGGGGAAAAGUGAGGAGAAGAUUGCAUCCUCCUGCAGAGAGGAUGGGCACAUAGAAGCAAGGUCUGGGUCUGCAAGCUCUAAAGAGAAAGACCAAGAGAGGGUUGUAAGGGACCCAAAAUUGAACGGCGUAUGGGUCGUUAUCACCCACCCUCUGAGGGCGAGAGUUUUCCGACCGUGCCAUCAUGGACCUGAUGAGAGUUGCACAGAAGCCUGCGGACAGUUGCCGGAAUUUGCAAUGCCGAAUGUGUCACAGAAUCACACUGACAAGAGCGGAGUGCCUUCGCAAACAGACCGAGGAGACAGAGGAGUGAGUGACUCAAGCGGAUGUAUAGCGACUCUAGACGAGGGAGAAGAAAGACGUCUUAGUGCCGAACGUAGAGCCCGUGCUCUCGCAGCRUCGAGAGAAGCAGCAAACCUUGCAGCUAGGGAGCAGGCUGCAGCAGCAGCCACGACAACAGCAAUGGCUACCGCAGCAGCAACCUCUGCUGCAACCACGGUUGCGUCCUCGUCARGAACCCAGUUGGGAAUGCCAACGGGGUCCUCGGGUAUCUCCACUUUACUAGGGUCUAGGCCGUCUACAAGUCAAAUGACGGGCGUGCAGUUCAGCCCGUUGACUCCUCGCGAGAGGGAGCUCAGGGAGCUUCAACAUGUCGAAAGGAUCCGUGAAAGAUUAGAGAGGGAACUGAAACAGGCUACCGACACAGAAAAGGAGAUCAAAAAUAGAACAGCCAGGCUUGAUACUCUAGAGACUGACAAGGCUGAGUUGGAGGGCUUGGACGAUUCAGGAAUGAAUGAGCCCAUGAAAGUGUUGAGGAACAACAUGCUGUCACUACAUGCGCAUGUGGACAGCAGGUUGGACUUCAUGCAGAACACUUUAGACCAGAUCUUGGACGCUUUGAUAAGGCCAGGAUUCCGGCCACCAGCACAAUCGCCGUUGCCGUUAACAACGAUGUUAGGUCCCUUUCCCUUACAAGCUGGCACACAUCCAAGUGGUACGUCUGCAGCAGUCUCGCAGACUGUUGCGUCUUCUUCUUUGGGUCCAGUGGUGAAUGCUACAUCACCACAACAACCUGUUCAGCAAUCUGGACAGCAGCAAGGUCAAUGGUACCCCAAGACCCCAAUGAAACCGCCUCUUGCCUUCUCAGGUGAGAGAAAGGACGAGGGACUCAACACAUGGUUGAGGACGGUCCCGGUUUGGGUGAAGGCCAAAAGGACCUUGCCAGAGGAUGAGGUGGUAACUGCGGCAUCUUACCUAGAGGGUAAAGCAGCCAAGUGGCUAGAUGGUGAAGUUGUGAAGGUCGGGUACGGGCGACGCAUGGUGGAUUGGGCUAAGUCUUUGACCUUAGACCAAUUCAUGGAGAUGGUAGAAGCUCGAUGGCAUAACCCACAGGAGGCUCAAAGGGCCACUGAUGCCAUUAACAAACUUGACCAACGCAAGUUCAGAUUGAAGCAUGCACUCAUGAAUCACGAAGUUCUCAUGGUUCCCGAUCCGCAGAAGCCAUUCAUAGUGACCACUGACGCAAGCCAAUACGACAUUGGCGCAGUGCUGGCUCAGCAGGAUGGGAAAAAGUUGAGACCGAUUGAGUAUAUGAGUAAGAAGAUGCCAUCGAAAAAAUUGGCGAAGUCCACCUAUGAAAGGGAACUCUACGCUCUCUACAAGGCACUUGUCCAUUGGAGACACUUCCUUUUGGGAAGAUUCUUCUAUCUGAGGACUGAUCAUCAGACCCUCAAAUGGAUCAAGACUCAACCGGCUCUUUCUGCUGCACUCAAGCGAUGGAUUGAGGUCAUAGACCAAUAUGACUUCAAGCUUGAGUACCUGAAAGGAGAGUACAACAAGGUUGCAGACGCGCUAUCCCGUAGAGCAGACUACCUAGGUGCGCUAGUUUCCGAAUUUGGCGUAUCUAACGAAGUAACUCAAUCAUUGGUGGGAGCCUAUCAGGAAGACCCUGUCACAAUGGACAUCAUCCGCAAACUUCAGGCAAAAGACAAGGCCACAGAAAGUGAGUUUGUGAUGGUGGAUGGGCUAAUCUAUCUUGAUAAGGCCGGAGUAAAGAGAUUGGUAGUUCCAUCUAGUGAACAAUUGCGUAGUUUAUUUUUAGGCGAAUGUCAUGACGCAACUGGGCGCUUUGGCUACAAGAAGACGAGUGCUAACUUGAUACAGCGAUUUUGGUGGCCCAUAAUGCUAGAUGACGCAAAGAAGUAUGUUGAGACCUGUCAGGUCUGUCAGCGGGACAAGCCGCGAACUCAAGCACCGCUUGGGUUAUUGAAGCCUUUACCCAUUCCUGAUGGUCCAGGAUUGAGUGUUUCCAUGGAUUUCAUGGACACCCUAGUGACCAGCAAGAGUGGUAAGAGGCACAUUUUCGUCAUCAUUGACAGAUUCACCAAGUACGCUAGACUAAUACCAAUKCCAGAGACAGCCAGGACAGAGUAUGUCAUCAAGUUGUUCAAGGACAACUGGAUAAGGGAGUUUGGUUUACCAAAGACCAUCAUUAGUGACCGAGACGUCCGCUUCACAAGUGAACUGUGGAAGAGGACUGCAGAACAGAUGGGCAGUCAACUUCAAAUGACUUCAGGGAAUCAUCCCGAAGCCAACGGACAAGCCGAACAAAUGAACAGAGUGGUACAGCACUUGCUGCGGCAUUACAUCAAGCCCAGCCAAGAUGAUUGGGAUGAGCAGUUGCCUCUCAUCGCCAGCUUGUACAACAAUGCUAUUCAUAGUAGUACCGGCGUUAGUCCUAACCAGUUGCACUUGGGAUGGAAGCCUAGAUCAGCACUAGACUUCCUCCUACCUGAAAACCGACCUGCUGCAACUCCAGGCACACUUGAAUACGGUGUGCAAUAUGAAAAGUUGCUGCGCGAGGCUGUUGAACAUAUGAAGAAAGCUCAGCAAGCCAUGAUUGCUUCUGAGAAUCAACAUCGCAGACAGUCCACAUUUCAGGUGGGGGAACGUGUCUGGGUCAUGGCUGGUGAGUUAGGACAGGAGUUCGGAAUAUCUCGUAAACUAAUGCCUCAAUACUUUGGUCCCUGGGAAGUCUUGGAUGUAGUGGGAGAUGAAAUGGAUGGUCCUACGUACGUCAUUCAUGUCCCUGGUCAUCUACACACUCACCCAGUUUUUCAUGCCUCAAAGCUUGCACCUUUCGCUGAGACAGAUCAAUUCCCUUCCAGGAGAUCGAUGCUGCCCCCAACCAUGGAUGGUCAAGUUGACAUCGACGACAUUGUGGAUCACAGGGACAUGCCUGUUCCAAAGCCGCUGGGCCGAGGGAGACCUCCCAAGCCCAAGAGAGAGUACCGCGUCAGAUUCAGGCAUCACACGGAUCCAAAAGAAGAUCGUUGGUUUACCAGGGAGGAACUGAUUGACACAGCUCCUCAGGUGGUGGCAGACUAUGAGAAGAAACUGAAAGGGAAGGCGCCUGCGAAGGCACUGGCGGCCAUAGCCGGGCCGCAAGAGGGUGCAGGGGAGGCGCUGGAGCCGCUGAAUGGAAACGUGGAGUCCCUGGAGUUCUUCAAGGGGUGGAAGAAGAGAGGUCGGGAAAUCGAAGGUUCAUUGUUUCAAAAAGGUUCCAUCCCACAAUACCCUCUUCCGUGUGGAGCGGAUUUGGAGCAUGUAAUUCCUCUUGAUGCGCCAGAGGACCGGCGACUUAUAAUCUUGUUGAAGACAAUUUGUCGAUUUGAGAUGCAAAGAGUGCAGCGCCACUAUGGAGAUGUCCUGUUUUGCAGAUCAGUCGACAGAAUGUUCAGGAGGCUAGUGACCAAUGUGGAAGAGAUGUUGAAGAAUGGAACAAUGAUCGUCAGACAAAGGCGGGAGGGCGACGAAGGUGGGAGAAGCGGGAGGGUGACGAAGGUUGGAGAACUGGAAGGGCGACAAGGGAGGGAGGGAGGGACACAGCUGGACACCAUCGGCAGACGGCAGCGGCGGGACACCUUCGGUGACAGGCAGUGGCGGGAAGCGGCGGCGGGCAGCAGGAGACCGGCGGGCAGCAGGAGACCGGCGGGCAGCAGGAGACCGGCGGGCAGCCAUGAAGGGGAUGUCAAGCCAGUGGCCAUCAAGCACCUCCAGGACCAGAUCAAGAAACAUUUCACGAUCGAGGGGACGCGGGGAAAGAAUGCGAAGAAGGGAUCAAAGUACUGGAGGUGCAACUACCGCGAGAUGCGGUUGUCCGGGACUGCUACGAGGCUCCGGGAUCACUUCUUUGAGAGGUGCACCCUCGAGAAUGUCACUGCCCCGUUGUCAGUGGAGAGGGCGAGGAGGGAGGCGGGAAUUUCGGAGGGAAAGUGCCUUGGUCGCAUGCUUCUGCGGAGCGAGGCUGGAGGUGCUGGCCCCAGCAAUAUGCCGACCUCCACAAGUCAGAUUCCGGAGUUUCCGAGCUCACUGGUCGCUGGUGCGGGCGGCAAUGGCGAAACGACCACACCUCAAUCUACUGCCGGCACCGUUCUUGGAUCGAGGCCAAGUUCGGGGAGGCCGUUGAGGCAGACUGUUAUCGAGGAGGCUGACAAUGUCUUUAGUUUGGUGGAGGACGUCUACUUUCCUCGAGUUCCUUCAGACCGUGAGGAUGGCCCAUCCGACAUGGAUGCCUUGCAGAAGGGACGAGCAGAGGACAAAGCGCAUGGACGCAGAGUAUGCACCGGUAGGGCCGGAGGUCCAUGCGAUGAUAGUCAAAUGGAAAAAGAUGGGGUGUACGCUGCAGAUGGACGGGUGCGCCGCAACAAACCACAUUUGAAUGUGAUGGUGUCCUCGCCCGUCGGUACCGUAUUCUGGAAGUCCGUCUGCGUGGAGGGCAAGGAGAACGAUUCUGCAGCUUAUUUUCGAGUGCUGGACGAGGCGAUCAAGGACAUCGGAGUGGGUGCAGUCGUUGGUGUUGUCAUGGACAACGCAAGGGUGUGCGUGAAGGCAGGGAAGAUGGUGGAGUCCGCCUAUCCGACCAUCUUUAGCGUCUGUUGUACGACACAUGCGCUGGACCUCGUGCUGGAGGACAUGUACAAGGACCUGCCUUGGAUGGCGCAGGUGGUCGAUGCUGGCAACAUGGUCGGCCGUUUCUUCUCGAAUGCGGACAAGGCAAGGGCUCUGUUUCACCAUUACUCCCCUAAGACAAAGCUGAAGCGCCCGGCAACGACCAGAUUUGCAACUAACUUUGAGAUGCUGCAGCCGCUGAAGAACUUGAAGACAUCUCUUGAUCGGUGCAUGUGCAACAAGAGAUGGGCGUUUGGCUCGAAGCGCGACUUCCUCGCUCCACAAGCAAUCAAAUUGCUUGACCAGGCAAGCUCCUCUGGUGCUUGCGAGCGGAAUUGGAGCUUGCAUGAGCCAGUGUAUGGAAGGAGGCAGACAAAGUUGUUGCCAGAGAGGAUGGCGAAACUCGUGUACAUCAGCUUGAGUGUUCGUCUCCUGAGGAGGAAUCACCGUGGCGAGGGGGAUGAUAUCCACACCCCAUGGGCGGACGACGUCCCAGUGGACAAGGAGAUGGAGGAGUGGUAUGUGCAGUGGUUGGAGCGGGUCCAUGAGGAUGUCGAUCGUGAGGAGGAGGUUGUUGAGGUGGACUUCGAUGACGAGGGAGACGAGAUCCCAAUGCGGCGGACUUCCCUACUCAAUGAGGAAGUUGACGACAGGCUGGCCGAGGAGGAGGAUACUCUACUUGUUGGUACAAGGCAGUGCGACUGGCACGAGUGCACGAAGCCUGGGAAGCACCACAAGCGAAAGUUGCGCAGGAGAUCCGGUUGCCAGCUGCCCGUGCCUUGUGAGCUGUGCACGAAGGAGGGUUACGUUCUCGCAAUGGAAGUGCAAUGGGCAGGCACGUGGUUGCAGGGCUGGGAUGAGGCACCAACAAAGAGGAGAGGGAAAGGCAAGGGCAAACAGCCGGUGGAGGAUGAUGGUGUGCCCACGCAGCGUGAACAGCCACAACCGAAGAGGGGCCGCCCAACUUUGGUAGAUCAGGUCGGCACGCAGGCGAAGAAGGCUGAAGACAAGGCUGUUGCUUCAGCAGCUGAAGCAAAAGCUGCUGCUGACAAAGCCACUGCGGCCAAAGCCAGAGCGGCAGCGAAAGCCGCCACAAAGAGCACAGGUGGAGGAAGGCCAGGAAAAAAGCCGGUCGCAAAUGUUGAGAUCCCAACUGCGGCAGUGGCCCGCAUGGCAAAGCUGGAGAGGAGGAAAGCACAACUACAACUCAUGAGUGCAAGGUUAAUCGAGGAGGAGCGGUGCUGGGAGCAAGAGAUACGUCGCCAGGACCUGGAUGAUCAAGGGCAACAUGCGGCUGAUGCUGGAUCUUCUGACAGAGGAGAAUCCAUGGAGACGAGGCCUUCGAUGGGAACUCAAUUUUCGGCGUUGAUUGAAAAGAGCUUCAACAAAAUAUUCCACCGGAUUGAGUUGCGUUGCCACGAGCUUAAUCUUGCGACUUCGGACUUCGCAUUGGCGCAGAAGCAAAUAGAGGAAACUUGCAUCCAGCUUACCCAGGAGUACCAGAAGAUGGCCUUCAGUGAUCUGGCACUUCUGGGCGAUCCACGUAUGGAUGUGAUGAAUUUCUGUAAUUUUCCAAACCCUCUAUGAGACUACUGUUUCACUGGUAGGUCUAACCGUAUAACAGUACUAUAACCUUUCUUUUUUCUCUUUCUUUUUUUCUUGCUCAUAGACCAUGCUAAUCUUCUCUGUAGCGUCCCAAUUUUAUCGGAUGUCCUGGAGGACUACAACCGUAUAACGUUAUUUUGUAAGUCGCAUCGUCUCACAUGGUUAUGCGUAAUGCACAUACUCAUGCAGUGCUCCUGUGUUGCCCCUUUGUGUGUGCUACAGUACUACUACUAUAUGGCUCCUACCGUCUUCCCCCGAAUAGAACGUUCGGUCAUUACCCCCGUACUUUGGGCAACUUUCAGUCCGGAUACAGCGACAAUGACCGUUCGUUCUAUUUGGGGGAUGACGUCACGACGGUCCUGAGACAAUCGUCGGACCAGAUCACCUCCAGCUGUUGCGCGCAGGACGAGCUCGGGCCGGCAACGGAAUACAGCUACCAACUUCCCCUGAAACAUAAUGCACUCUCAUCAUGACCAUAUGACAUUACAAAGCUGGGUUGUCUACAUUCAUGAUGAAGGUGCGCUCUGUUCUGUUUUGUCAAUGAUGGUGCGCCUGAAAGGUCCAUGAAUUGCGACUUCACAACAUGCUAUGCUGUAGAAUAGCGCUAAGGAUAUGGCCUGUAGAAUAUUAUACAGCAAUUAUGCUUUAUUGAAAAGCAUGCUGUGUUUUGUAAGUGUCCUAUAGGCAGUAUAGACUCUA